AUGGGAUCAAUGCAAAGAGGCUCGUACACAACAAGCUUCGCUUUCUUCGAAGCAAUAUGGGAAGCUGGCAUUACUCAUGUCUUUGUCAAUCUUGGCUCUGACCACCCGUCUAUUAUCGAAGCAAUGGUCAAGGGUGCCAACGAGAAGAAAGGUGAAUUCCCACGAAUCAUCACCUGUCCGAAUGAGAUGGUAGCAUUGUCCAUGGCAGAUGGAUUUGCUCGCCUGACUCGAAAACCGCAAUGUGUUAUUGUCCACGUCGAUGUUGGGACCCAAGGACUAGCAGCUGCUGUGCACAAUGCUUCUUGUGGUCGAGCCCCUGUGCUGAUCUUCGCUGGUCUCUCACCUAUCACGUUAGAGGGUGAAUAUCGAGGAAGCAGAACAGAGUAUAUCCACUGGAUACAGGACGUGCCGGACCAGAAGCAGAUUGUUGCCCAGUACUGUGAGAUCAGGUUCGGACGCAAUGUCAAGCAGAUUGUGAACAGAGCUCUGCAGUUUGCUACAUCCGAUCCUGCAGGUCCUGUAUAUCUAUAUGGCACAAGAGAAGCUAUGGAAGAAGAGAUCGAUCCAUAUCAGCUAGACCAAGCACAAUGGCAUUCUGUCGAACCAGCAGCACUACCCGAAUCUGGCGUCAAGACCAUCGCAGAAGCACUGGUCGAGGCCAAAGAGCCAUUACUACUGGUUGGCUACACUGGUCGUAACGAAGACUCUGUUCACGCUGCAGCUAAACUAGCAGAUCUAAUCCCAGGUCUCAGAGUUCUAGACACUGGUGGUAGCGACAUGUGCUUUCCUGCCAACCACCCUGCCUCACUAGGUCUCCGUUAUGGUGUAGAGGAGCACAUUUCCUCUGCGGAUAUGAUCCUAGUAGUCGACUGUGAUAUUCCCUGGAUACCCACUCAAUGCAAACCAUCAACGAAGAAGAUCUACCACAUCGACGUCGACCCACUCAAACAGCAAAUGCCAGUCUUCUACAUCAACGCCCUCGCACGCUACAAAGCAGACUCCCACACCGCCUUCACACAACUAACCAACUACCUAACAUCCACUCCAUCCCUCCAAACCACCCUCUGCGACCCAGCACACAUCUCCGCCCGCGAAAGCAGACAACACGAACACAACCAACGCACUGAAUCCCGCACCGAAGCCGGCCGCCUCCCACCCGAAUCCCAACUCUCCACAACCUCAAUCAACCCCUCCACCCUCGCAGCCCAACUCCGCACCCACCUUCCCCCAACAACUAUCUUCGCCGUCGAAGCCGUAACCCUGACCGGCUUCAUCGCCGACCAAAUCGCCCCCAUCCUCCCCAAAACCUGGAUCAACUGCGGAGGCGGCGGCCUUGGCUGGUCCGGCGGCGGCGCCCUAGGCAUAAAACUCGCCUCAGACUACUACUCAACCUCCCCUCCCUCCUCCUCCCCCAAAAACACAAACCGCGGCGCCUUCGUCUGCCAAAUCGUCGGCGACGGUACAUUCCUCUUUUCUGUCCCAGGAUCCGUCUACUGGAUCUCCCAGCGCUACAACAUUCCCAUCCUAACCAUUGUCCUCAACAAUAAAGGCUGGAACGCGCCCCGUCGAUCUCUCCUGCUUGUCCACCCGGACGGCGAAGGCAGUAAAGUCGACAAUAAAGCGCUGAAUAUCAGUUUUGAACCCACGCCCGAUUUCAGCGGAAUUGCAAAGGCGGCUGCGGGAGGGAGGUGUUGGGCUGGAUGUGUGAGGAGUUUGGCGGAGUUGUUGAGGGAGUUGCCUGGUGCGGUGAGAGCGGUGAAGGAGGAGGGGAUUUCGGCGGUGUUGGAGGUUAAGCUUGGGGAUGAGUUGGUUGAUAUGACGAAGGAGGAUGUUACGGAUGCUGUCAAGGGGGCCUCGAGUGGGUAG